AACCCUGGACUAGGCAGAGGGGCAACCUUGGGGCCCGGACUGUAUUCGUUCUCUUCUCCUCUUCCCUUCUCUCCAUAAGGAGAAGGGCAGGGUACACUGUGGGCCAUGAGGCUUCCCCUACUCCUGGCUUUUAUCUCUGUCAUCCCGGCCGCUGUUCAGCUUUUGGACGCGAGGCAGUUUUUAAUAUAUAAUGAAGAUCACAAGCGCUGCGUGGAUGCUGUCAGCGCCACCGCAGUUCAGACAGCAAGCUGCAACCCGGACGCCGAAUCCCAGAAGUUCCGCUGGGUGUCACAAUGGCAGGUUAUGAGCGUCGCUUUCAAACUAUGCCUGGGGGUUCCGUCGAAGAGCGACUGGGCCUCCGUCACGCUCUACGACUGCGACGCCAAGAGCGAGCUGCAGAAGUGGGAGUGCAAAAACGACACGCUCUUUGGCCUCAGGGGCGUGGAGUUGUAUUUUAAUUAUGGCAACAGACAGGAGAAGAACAUCAAGCUCUACAAAGGUUCCGGUUUGUGGAGCAGAUGGAAGGUCUACGGAACCACAGAUGACUUGUGCUCCCGGGGGUACGAAGCUAUGUACACCUUACUGGGCAAUGCAAAUGGAGCCAUCUGCGCAUUUCCGUUCAAGUUUGAAAACAAGUGGUAUGCAGACUGUACCACUGCUGGGCGGUCGGAUGGAUGGCUCUGGUGUGGAACCACCAGUAACUACGACGCUGACAAGCUGUUUGGAUUUUGUCCGUUGCAAUUCGAGGGCAGUGAGAGGUUAUGGAAUAAAGAUCCACUGACCGGUAUUCUAUACCAGAUAAAUUCCAAGUCUGCCUUAACCUGGCAUCAAGCAAGGGAGAGCUGCAAACAGCAGAACGCUGAGCUCCUGAGUGUCACAGAGAUUCACGAGCAAACGUAUUUGACAGGAUUGACCAGUUCCUUGAGUUCAGGACUCUGGAUUGGGCUCAACAGUCUGAGUUUCAGCAGUGGUUGGCAGUGGAGUGGAGGCAGCCCGUUCCGAUAUCUGAAUUGGCUCCCCGGAAGUCCAUCAUCUGAACCUGGCAAAAGCUGUGUGUCACUAAACCCUGGAAAAAAUGCAAAGUGGGAGAACUUGGAGUGUGCUCAGAAGCUGGGCUACAUCUGUAAAAAGGGCAACAACACACUGAACCCAUUUAUCAUUCCCUCAGAAAGUGAUGUCCCUACUGGCUGCCCUAGUCAGUGGUGGCCCUAUGCAGGCCACUGCUACAAGAUCCAUAAAGAAGACAAGAAGAUCCAGAGGUAUGCCCUGCAAGCCUGUCGGAAGGAAGGCGGUGACCUGGCCAGUAUUCACAGCAUUGAGGAGUUUGACUUCAUCUUCUCCCAGCUAGGAUAUGAGCCAAGUGAUGAGUUGUGGAUUGGUUUAAAUGACAUCAAGAUUCAAAUGUUCUUUGAGUGGAGCGAUGGGACCCCAGUGACAUUUACUAAAUGGCUUCGUGGAGAACCAAGCCAUGAGAAUAACAGGCAGGAGGACUGCGUGGUGAUAAAGGGCAAGGAUGGGUACUGGGCCGAUAGAGCGUGUGAGCAACCACUGGGCUACAUCUGUAAGAUGACAUCACAAACUCAUGCUCCAGCGCCCGAGGAGGCAGAUAGAGGCUGCCGGAAAGGCUGGAAAAGGCAUGGCUUUUACUGCUACUUGAUUGGACACACCCUUUCAACAUUUGCUGAUGCAAACCAAACAUGCACCAAUGAGAAAGCUUAUUUAACAACAGUCGAAGACAGAUAUGAACAAGCAUUCCUGACUAGUUUGGUUGGAUUGAGGCCUGAAAAAUAUUUUUGGACAGGACUUUCAGAUGUUCAAAACAAAGGAACGUUUCGAUGGACCGUGGAAGAGCAGGUGCAGUUCACACAUUGGAAUGCCGACAUGCCAGGGCGAAAGGCAGGAUGUGUUGCCAUGAAAACUGGGGUGGCAGGUGGUUUAUGGGAUGUUUUGAAAUGUGAAGAAAAGGCAAAAUUUGUGUGCAAACAUUGGGCAGAAGGAGUAACUCGCCCCCCAGAGCCCACAACAACUCCUGAACCGAAAUGUCCGGAAGACUGGGGCACUACCAGUAAAAGCAGCAUGUGUUUCAAGCUGUAUGCAAAAGGAAAACAUGAGAAGAAAACAUGGUUUGAAUCUCGAGAUUUUUGCAGAGCUGUGGGUGGAGAACUGGCGAGUAUCAAGAAUAAAGAUGAACAGCAGGUGAUAUGGAGGCUGAUUACGGCAAGUGGAAACUACCAUGAGCUGUUUUGGUUGGGACUGACCUACGGAAGUCCUUCAGAAGGGUUCACCUGGAGUGAUGGUUCUCCUGUCUCCUAUGAAAAUUGGGCUUACGGUGAGCCAAAUAAUUACCAAAAUGUUGAAUACUGCGGUGAGCUGAAAGGCGACCCUGGUAUGUCUUGGAAUGAUAUCAACUGUGAACACCUCAACAACUGGAUUUGUCAGAUACAAAAAGGAAAACCACUACAACCCGAGCCCACACCCGCCCCGCAAGACAAUCCACCAGUUACUGCAGAUGGGUGGGUUAUUUACAAAGACUACCAGUAUUAUUUUAGCAAAGAGAAGGAAACCAUGGACAACGCUCGAGCAUUUUGCAAGAAGAAUUUUGGUGAUCUUGCUACUAUUAAAAGUGAAAGUGAAAAGAAGUUUCUAUGGAAAUAUAUGAACAAGAAUGGUGGAUCGUCACCUUAUUUUAUUGGCUUGCUGAUCAGCUUGGAUAAGAAGUUCAUUUGGAUGGAUGGAAGCAAAGUAGAUUUUGUGGCUUGGGCCACAGGGGAACCCAACUUCGCAAAUGAUGAUGAAAACUGUGUAACGAUGUACACAAAUUCAGGGUUCUGGAAUGACAUCAAUUGUGGUUAUCCAAAUAACUUCAUCUGCCAGCGACAUAAUAGCAGCAUCAAUGCCACCGCCAUGCCUACCACACCCCCAACCCCAGGUGGCUGCAAGGAAGGUUGGCAUUUAUACAACAACAAGUGCUUAAGAAUUUUUGGAUUUGGUGAAGAGGAAAAAAAGAACUGGCAAGAGGCACGGAAAACUUGCUUGGGAUUUAAAGGAAACCUGGUGUCCAUACAGAAUGCAAAAGAGCAAGCAUUUAUUACGUAUCAAAUGCGAGAUUCCACUUUCAAUGCCUGGACUGGGCUGAAUGAUAUCAAUUCAGAACACACAUUCCUUUGGACAGCUGGCCAGGGAGUUCAUUAUACAAACUGGGGGAAAGGCUACCCUGGGGGAAGAAGAAGCAGCCUGUCUUAUGAAGAUGCAGACUGUGUUGUUGUGAUUGGUGGCAAGUCGAGAGACGCGGGGACCUGGAUGGAUGACACCUGUGACAGUAAACAAGGCUACAUAUGCCAAACACCGCCUGACCCUUCCUUGCCUAUUUCUCCAACCACACUUCCUACAGAUGGCUUUGUUAAAUAUGGUAAAAGUAGCUAUUCCCUCAUGAAAUCGAAGGUACCGUGGCACGAAGCAGAUAAACAUUGCAAGGAUCAUGCUUCCCAGCUUGCUAGCAUUCUAGACCCCUACAGUAAUGCAUUCGCGUGGAUGAAAAUGCACCCAUUUAAUGUACCCAUGUGGAUUGCCCUGAACAGCAACUUGACCAACAACGAGUACACUUGGACCGAUAAGUGGAGAGUGCGGUACACUAACUGGGGUGCGGAGGAGCCCAGGCUUAAGUCAGCCUGCGUUUACAUAGAUGUCGACGGCUACUGGAAGACCUCGUACUGCAACGAAAGCUUUUAUUUUCUCUGCAAAAAGUCAGAUGAAAUACCAGCUACUGAACCCCCACAGCUGCCUGGCAAGUGUCCUGAGUCAGAGCACACGGCAUGGAUUCCCUUCCAUGGCCAUUGCUACUACAUCGAAUCUUCAUUUACAAGGAACUGGGGCCAAGCGUCCCUGGAGUGUUUGCGAAUGGGUGCCUCUCUGGCUUCAAUUGAAACUUUUGCUGAAUCCAGUUUUCUCUCAUACCGUGUUGAACCUCUUAAAAGCAAAACCAGCUUUUGGAUAGGCAUGUAUCGAAAUGUCGAAGGAAAGUGGCUUUGGUUGAACAACAAUCCUGUUUCCUUUGUCAACUGGAACACAGGCGACCCCUCUGGGGAACGGAAUGAUUGCGUAGUUUUAUCUCCAUCUUCUGGCUUUUGGAAUAAUCUCCACUGUACUUCCUACAAGGGCUUUAUUUGUAAAAUGCCAAAGAUUGUUGAUCCUAUAACUACACACUCAUCCAUUACGACAAAAGCUGACCAAAGGAAGAUGGAUCCUCAGCCCAGGGGCUCUUCGAGAGCAGCAGGAGUGGUCAUUGUGGUCCUCCUAAUUCUGAUGGGCGCUGGUGUUGCAGCCUAUUUCUUUUAUAAGAAAAGGCGUGCUCUGCACGUACCUCAAGAGGCCACCUUCGAGAACACGCUGUACUUUAACAGCAAUCCCAGCCCAGGAAUGAGCGACACAAAAGAUCUCAUGGGCAACAUCGAACAGAACGAGCAUGCUGUCAUCUAGGACUGUGAUGCGAGCAUCUUAUAGCUGAAGCUCGUGAAGUUUGAACUAAAGAUUUCAGUUUGUUAAUUUGAUGUGACUUUUUUUCCUUUUAAAAAAUAGCACUGGUUGCGCUGCUCUGCCUUUUCCUUCGCCUAAUGGAAACAAUAAUUGCUCAUUUUUUAUCCUGGCAAGAUUUAAAAGCAAAAACAAAAGAGGGAUAAUGAUGUUGAUGACCACUUUUGAAGACACCUUAGGUGACUACAUGGCACUGCAGUCUCAACACUGAUAAUUUGGUGGAAGGUCUCUUAUGUCAACUCUGUGCACAGUUCAAGAGCUCUAGAAAUGACCACAGAAGCCACUGGGAGUAUUUUUAGGACUUCCCAGAGAUAAGUUAUGCAUCGAAUUGUAAUUCAACAAUUAGAAGACCACGGUAAAAUAAACAAGUGCACACAACCCCAGAUGGAAUGAGAAUGUACUCAGCUUCUCUUUCAGCAGUCUUGAUUCAUGCCAGUUAUUGAGAACUGUAUUUAUCCGCAUGUAGAAUAAUAAAGCUACUGAGAAUCUUGUUUAUCCCGGGCAAGGUUUGACAGGCUGAAUAUUGCAAAUGUAUUCUGUGUCCUGUUGUAUGUAUAUUAGAAAUGUGACUAUGUGAAAAAAAAACUAUUAAUUUGCAUAACUGGAUGUACUUAGAUAAUAAAUAAGAGUAUUUAUUAUCUAAUUAAUGUGAUGAAUUAAUGUGAAAUAAACAUUAAAGAUGACAUGUAUUUUCAA